GCUGCGAAGCCUCCACAAAGCACGCGGCUAAUGCCGCCCUUUCAGCGAGGCCUGCCGGGCUGCUGAGUGUGCAAGGCCGCCGGGCGGAUGGUCCAGGGGGACCCGGUCCUAUAAAGGGGCAAGCGAGGCUCUCUACCCCGUCAUUGAUUUUACUGGAUCUGUCCCACCUCAGUACCGUCUAGAGCACAGUGUGACGGCGGAAGCAGCGGGAGCAGCCAUGAACACUCAGCAGUUGGAGCAAAUGGGCCAGUUCAAGAUUACUGUUUGGGAAGAAGAGAACUUCCAGGGCAAGCGCUGCGAGUUCAUGCUGGAGUGCCAGAACAUCAUGGAGCGAGGCUUCAACAAGAUCCGCUCCAUCAAGGUCGAGAACGGACCCUGGGUGGGGUACGAGUACCCCGAGUUCCAGGGCCAGCAGUUCAUCCUGGAGAAGGGCGACUACCCUCGCUACGAGGCCUGGAGCGGAAACAGCAGCUACAGGACCGAGCACAUUCUUUCCUUCAGACCCAUCAAGUGUGCCAACCACAGCGACAGCAAGGUGACCCUGUACGAGAGUGAGGACUUCCAGGGCCGUAAGUUUGAAAUGAGCGACGACUAUCCCUCCCUACAGGCCAUGGGCUGGUGCACCAAAGAGGUGCCAUCUAUCAAAGUGAACUCCGGAGCCUGGGUGGCCUACCAGUUCCCCGGUUACCGCGGCUACCAGUACAUCCUGGAGCGAGACAGACACCAAGGCGAGUACAGAAACUACAACGAGUACAGCACCCAGGCUCACACCAACCAGGUGCAGUCCAUCCGGAGGAUCCAGCACUAGGCUUGACCCAAUCCGAAAAACUGAAUGCUUUCCUCACUUCGACCGGACGGAGCACCGCCGCGCAACAGUAGAUGGACUCAGUCGUUCUCUCUCACUGUGGCUCGACACGUUUGGAUGUCUGAAUGCCUGCUUCCUUCACCAUGCGCAAGCAUGAUUCUGGAAAGAGGAAAUAAAGGCUUUUGUUCCAAAGGAGGCUGC